ACAGACAGACAGACAGACAGACAGACAGACAGACAGAUGGUAGGAGAGAGAGGACAGAACAUCUCACACUGUCUAAUCUCAUCUAAUGUAUCUUCUAAAAGAGAAUCAGUUAUUAAUAAACACUCCAUUUAACUGAACCUAAGGACCCCGACUCUUCUGCUGCUGAAAAACUCCCAGGAAUCAUGGUCCGUGUCGCAGCUCUGAUAAUUUUCCUGGCCUGUAUGGCUCUGUCAGAAGCCGAACAUGAGCCCGGCUUUUGUGCUUUCUAUGAGGAGUGUGGUCGUAACCCGUCACUUGGAGAAACUCUCAUUCCUCCUAUCGUCCCCUGUCUCAACUAUAGCAGUGCCCGUCUACUCACAGGGGAACACUACAAGAAGCUCCGAGAGGUGUGUCCAAUUCUGGACCAAGGUGAAGGCAACACAUUCGCCUGCUGCUCCAUCAAACAGCUAAAAUCCCUGGAAAUGAGUCUGACCCUGUCCAAGGCAGUGCUGGUCCGCUGUCCUUCCUGUGCUGAGAACUUUGCACACCUGCACUGCAUCAACACCUGCAGCCCCAACCAGAGCCAGACAGUCAAAGUUACAAAGGUCAUGAACGUCACUACCUCUGGCAAGACGAGGGAGGCAGUAGUAGGUUACAAGGCGUACCUCAGCACUAAUUUUGCAGAUGCUUCUUUCAAGUCAUGUCAAAAUGUCAGGAUCCCCGCCACAGGGGGUUUCGCCAUUGCCACCAUGUGUGGUAGAUAUGGCGCCAAGCUGUGCAACCCCCAGCACUGGUUUGACUUCCAGGGAGACUCUAGUAACGGCCUGGCACCACUGGACAUCGACUUCAACCUAUUAAAACCAGGAGACACUGCUGGACUACCAGAAGGUGUGAUUCCCUACAAUGGACGUGCUCUGAACUGUAACGAGACCACCCCAUCAGGAGGUCAGGUCUGCUCCUGCCAGGACUGCCAAGAGUCGUGCCCAAAGAUGCCGGAUCCUCCUCUGCCUCCAGGCCCAUUCAGACUGAUGGGAACAGACGGCUUCCUUGUGAUUUGCAUAAUCUUACUUUGUCUUUUGGUGUUUGCUUUCCUUCUCUACCUCUUAGCUGCUUACUUGACAAGGUCUCAGAAAAAAAAGUAUAAAAACACAGGAAAGAGAAAAGAGAAAGGCAAAGACCAGAACAGUAAUGAUGUGACUCAGCAGAUCAUUGAUCCGUCAGAGGUGACGUGUGCUGACAGGAACAGCCUGGCUGCCCAAGCUUUCCUAAGCUUACAGUUCCAGCGUUGGGGAACACUCAUGGCCACAUAUCCUCUCUGGGUGCUCCUGGUGUCAGCUGUAGUCGUGGCUGUUUUCGCCGCCGGUCUCAAGUCCAUUGAGCUCACCACUGACCCCGUCGAGCUGUGGUCCGCGGCCAACAGCCGAGCUCGCCAGGAGAAAGAAUUCCACGACAAACACUUUCAACCCUUCUUCAGGACGAACCAGCUGAUCUUGACGGCACCCAGCAGAAAGGGCCACAUUUAUGAAUCUUUGUUAUUUGGACCACAGAACUUCAGUGGGCUUGUUUCCAAAGACCUCAUCAUUGAGCUGCUGGAGCUCCAGCAACAAAUUCAGAAAAUUGAGUUCUGGUCAGAGGAUCUGAAUCGCACAGCAAGUCUGAAAGAUGUGUGUUAUGCACCACUAAACCCAUCCGACCCCUCCCUGACGGACUGUGCAACCAACAGCUUGCCACAGUACUUCCAGAACAGCUUGGACAACAUUAACGCUAAGAUUAACAUGACAGAGCUUGGUGUGACAAAAGAAGUGGACUGGCGGGACCAUUUAAUCUAUUGUUUCAACUCUCCCCUGUCGUUUAAGGACAUCACUGAUCUAGGCAUGAGCUGCAUGGCUGAUUAUGGAGGGCCUGUCUUUCCUUUUCUGGCUGUGGGAGGCUAUGAUAACGACGACUUCACCAAUUCAGAGGCUUUUAUCAUGACCUUCUCCCUCAACAACUAUGUUCGAAGCAGCAUCAAGUUCAAAGUGGCCAUGCAGUGGGAGACAGAGUUUCUUAAAAUUGUCCAGGACUACCAGAAAGACCCUGCCUGCAACUUUACCUUUGCGUACAUGGCAGAGAGGUCUCUAGAAGACGAGAUUAACCGAACAACCGCAGAGGAUAUCCCCAUCUUCAUGAUCAGCUAUGCUGUAAUCUUUGUUUACAUUGCUGUGGCACUGGGGGAGUACACUUCAUGGAAAAGAAUACUGGUGGACUCCAAGUUCCUGGUGGGUCUGGGUGGGAUCUUGGUUGUCGGCUGUUCUGUCCUGUCCUCAAUGGGUUUCUACUCCUGGAUCGGUAUCCCCUCUUCGCUGGUUAUCCUGCAGGUCGUGCCUUUCCUGGUGCUCGCUGUCGGAGCUGACAACAUCUUCAUCUUUGUUCUGGAGUAUCAGAGAGAUGUCCGGAGACAUGGAGAGAAAAGAGAGGAGCAGAUUGGUCGGGUCCUUGGAAAUGUAGCUCCCAGCAUGCUCUUGUGCAGUCUCUCUGAGUCUGUUUGCUUCUUUCUAGGGGCCCUGUCCACCAUGCCAGCAGUGAAGUCCUUUGCUCUGUAUGCUGCUUUGGCUGUGCUCGUGGACUUCAUCCUCCAGAUGACAGCAUUUGUGGCGCUGCUGUCCCUGGAUGCCCGACGUCAAGACAACAACCGCUGUGAACUGUUGUGCUGUGUCAAAGUGUCAACCCAGCGUCCAAACAAGCCAAAUGAGGGCUUCCUGCUGCCCUUCAUGAGGAAAUACUACGCCCCAGUCCUACUGCACAGUGUCACCAGAUUCAUAGUGAUGCUGGUUUUCAUCUUUAUGCUCUGCGGAUCAUUAUUCCUCAUGUUUAAUGUGACUGUUGGCCUGGAUCAGGAGCUGGCCAUGCCCCAGGGCUCUUAUAUGCUGGACUAUUUCAAGUAUCUUUACAAAUACUUUGAAGUUGGAGUCCCUGUAUAUUUUGUCACAAAAAAAGGCUUCAACUUCAACUCUGUGGAGGGUAUGAAUGCAGUUUGCUCCAGCGUGGGCUGUGAUCAGUUCUCCCUAACCCAAAAGAUCCAGUACGCUGCCAACUUCCCCCAUUUAUCCUACAUGGCUAUUCCUGCUAACUCCUGGGUGGAUGAUUUCAUCGACUGGUUGAACCCUGGAUCCAAAUGUUGUCGUCUUUACACCUUGGGUCCAAACACUGGAAAGUUCUGUCCUGCAAGCCAAUCUCCUUUCCUGUGUGGGAAAAAGUGUAUGGCUACUCCUCCAAACGGUGUCCUCAGACCCAAUGAGGAACAAUUCAACCGCUUCCUACCGGACUUCCUGGGUAACAGGCCAGACCUGCAGUGCCCUAAAGGAGGUCUUGGAGCGUAUGACACAGCUGUGGUGAGAGAUGAGAGUGGAGAAAUUAUAGCUACUCGCUUCAUGGCUUACCACACACCUUUAACCAACUCUCAAGAGUUCACCGCUGCGCUGCAGAAGUCCAGAGAGCUUGCCCACAACAUCACGAUGGGCAUGAGGGCAAUACCAGGAACCUCACCUGACUUUGAAGUAUUUCCUUACACGGUGACCAGUGUAUUUUACGAGCAGUACCUUACUAUCGUGCCUGAAGGACUCUUUAACAUCUCCUUGUGUCUGCUGCCGACCUUUGUGGUGUGCUGUCUGCUGCUGGGUUUGGACCUGCGCUCGGGUUUGCUUAACUUGAUCACCAUCAUCAUGAUCGUUGUGGAUACUGUUGGUAUCAUGACACUGUGGGACAUCGAUUAUAACGCAGUGGCCCUCAUCAAUCUGGUCACGGCAGUGGGCAUCUCUGUGGAGUUUGUGUCUCAUAUGACGAGAUCGUUUGCACUCAGCACUAAACACACACACGUAGAGAGAGCAAAGGAGGCGACAGCCAACAUGGGCAGUGCAGUGUUUGCUGGUGUUGCAAUGACCAACCUGCCAGGCAUCCUGGUGCUGGCGUUUGCAAAAGCACAACUCAUACAAAUCUUCUUCUUCCGACUAAACCUGAUCAUCACACUUCUGGGCUUGGCUCAUGGACUCAUAUUCCUCCCUGUGCUGCUCAGCUACUUCGGUCCGAGUGUGAAUAAAGCUGUGUUGCUGCAGCAGCAGCAGCAGCAGCAGGCCAAAGCAAAGGCCGAGCAGGAGCUGGAGAUGAGAAACACAAUUGAACACAUUUAUGAUAACAUGAGUUAUGAAGACAAUGAAAUAAAACAGAAGGCGGAUGCAAAGGCUCCUAAAGACGUGGACAAUACUUCACAGAUUGAAGCAAACCAUCAGGCACAGAAAGAGAUGAAAAUUGAUCGUUUCUGAGCACAUAUGAGAAAACUGUUAAAUCUUUAAAGAGUGAAUACUUCUGUAACAAACUGAACAAGGAUGGACACGUAAAAAGGACAAAGUUAGUAAACAAGGAGUCAUGUAGUUGUGCCAGUAUGGAAAUCAUUAACUUAACUAUGUACCUCAAUCACAAAUGGACCAGUGGGACUGAAACAGCAACACACAGUUGUGCAAUAUCUUCGGGCAAUCAAAGAGUGGACGAUUGCAACGAGACAAUGGUCCUGUCUCGACCAAUAAGAAGCCACAUAUCUGUCUUCAUAAGAGCUGCAGCUGGGCAUCAUUCGUUGUUCAAUGGUCUAAAUAGUUUUGACAGGACACGAAGUUGACAAAUGUUCUAUAAACUGUCAUUUUGUAUGUUUUUUUUAUUGACUGUAAUUAUUUUGUAUGUGUGAGUAUUUCACAUUAGCACUGUUAAGAGUGAUUGAAAGGAGCACACACUCCAGCAUUACGUAUUAUAGUUUCUCAUUGUUGUACAAUGUGCAAUCAGAAAAAUUAUGUUUGUUUUUUUGUGUUUAACUCAGCAUAAUACUUAGAAUUAUUUAUGGUACACAAAACAUUUUGAAAAAAAAAUUAUACUGCCAAAAGAUUCUGUACAAAUAUUUUGAGUGCUUCAGUGUUUAUUUGUGCCUCUUGUUAUUGUCCCUCCAGCUUUUAGGCCGAUUGAGCUCCAGUCAGUUGAAUUUAAUAAUUUGUAUUUACAAAAUGUUGCCAUACUAGACAUUUGCCCAGCCUUUAAUUGAUCUGGAUUUUCUGAGGCAUAAAGGAUAAGAAGAUGAAUAGAAGGUGCCUGACUGGAAUCCUCCAGAAAUCAACACCAUCCUCUGUCCCUGGAUCAAACACCGACUCUGAACAUAACCACUGAAUCUUACUUGAAUCAAAAGAUACUAAACAGGUGCAUUUAAUGUUGAAUAUGUCAAUAAAAUGUUUAUUUAACAAAGUUAUUUCUUGCAGUGAUGUUGGGAAAUAUGUAAGUGAAAGUUCAGAAAAAUUAAACCCAGUUGCCAAGA